AUGCCCGAAUUCAAGUCAAAGCCUCCCCUUAUCACUCGUUUUCUUCACACUGGUCCAGCAUUAUCUGACUUUAACUCAAUAGUACCUAUCACAACAACUUCAAAUACUUCAAAUGCUACAGUCGCCACUUCUAAUCAGACUCCGACCGCCACAAGCUCAAAACCAGUGCCUGUUCGCAUUCCAACUGUCUGUAGCGCGUUUAACAGUCAGGAGAAUAAACUUCUUGAAAAGGCUUGGAAGAAGCUCAGUGAAUCACAGAAAAGGCGGGCAAAGAAGCACUACAAACGCUCUGCCACCACCACCAAUCUCGGCAAAAGUGGCAAGCAUCAUGCACCCAAUGAAGGCCCGGGGGUAGAGGAAGCAACAUCAUCGGCGUGUACUGUCAAGAGUGGAAGGGCUUCGUCGACGUCUGAAAUGAGUACUGGAGAGGAUUUGCUGGACAAACUAAACUUACUCCUAGACUCAAAUCCAUCUCAGCCGUCGGAUAAUCCCCCUCGACAAGAUGAGAUCAAUGUAUUGAUAUCGGAAGAUACAGCUGAAAUAGAUGGAAGUGAAGAAGAAGAAGAAAAUUUGGUCUUAAACUUAUCUCUUGAUGACGAACCAUUCAUUAUUCCGGUGGGAUUGGAUUCAAUGUUCACUGUCGAUGUCAGACACUUGAAAUUAUCUCCGGCAUUCUGGCAGGGUCCUAGCAUCAACGUAUUUCGAGGAGAAUGGUUUUACGCUUCGAGUAGUAAAUCAAAAUAUUAUCCCUGUGAACCGGAGUUGUGUGAGGAAUUAGAGGAGGCUUAUGAACGAAUCAGACCUUGGGAUUCGUCAUACGAAGACGAGAUUCGCUCUGCACUUCAGAUCGGUACAGAAGCAGAGGAUAAGCUCAAGUUUCACCUUCCAAGUUACAAUCACGACGUCAUAUUCCAAUCACCAUAUCACGGUCGCAUCUACUCGACUGCAGUGAGCAGUCAAUUGAGCAAGAAGCUGCUUACUAACUUCUUCGGUAGCAUUUCCAGGAAACAAACACAAUACAGUGGAGGAACGGUUGUGGUCAGAGGAUGGAAUAACAUCCGUAAAUGGAACAGUGCGGCCAACGAACAGCCCGAUAUCGCGAAAGCUGAAGAUGUGCCUGUCCAAAACAAAGCAGCUAGUGGAACCAACACGACUGCUGAUAUGUUGGAAGAGGAAGGCGCCGAAGAUGAAGCCUUGGGGGAAGUAACCCAGCUUGUACUCGUCAUUCAUGGCAUAGGGCAAAAGUUAGCCCAAUCUUACGAGACUUUCGACUUUGUACAUGCCUGUAAUCAGUUGAGGUUGGAAUGUAACAAAGUCACACAGUCUGACCCAAGGAUGCCUAAGCUUCUGCAGAAGAGGAGGAUCCAGCUCAUUCCUAUCAGAUGGCGACACUCACUCAACUUUGAAAUGGAAGGAUUCGAUGACGACGACUCUGGGACUGAACAGAGUGACGAGGAGGGUGGAGGUACCAAUAAAUUCACCAUGCAGGAUAUUCAGGUUAAGGGUAGUAUCAACUUUAUUCGUGAGGUAAUCACGGGUUUAGUCUUGGACGUACCUCUUUACAUGUCUCCUAAGCAACAUAAACUGAUGACAGAAGCAGUAAAGGAGCAAGCCAACAAAGUUUAUCAACUGUUCUGCCGCCGUAACCCCUACUAUACUGGAAAGAAAGUUUCAAUCAUCGCUCACAGUCUUGGUGCUGCCUUGACAGUCGACAUCUUGUCUCUACAACCCACCGAAGUCCCUGGGAACUCUUCAUAUGAUCAUAUGGCUCGUGAUGGGGAUUCGUGCACGAAUGAAAGAGACGCACGCCAGGAACGAGUUGAAGACCGGCGGGAGAAAGAAAGCGAGAAAAGCCUCCAGUUCUGUUUCGGCACCGAAACUGUCUUUCUCGUGGGAAGUCCGCUUGUUAUUGGUUGGCUAAUGUCGCUCAAACUUCAACAGGUCGCAUUUUUCUUCCAUUUACACCGAGCACAAUUGAUUGCAAGGUUACCUUCAAACAAGGCAUCCGAUCCAUCAAGUGAAUGGAAACGAAAAAAGAGAAUUGCCACCGAUGAGGUUGGCCGCUAUGGGUGUCUAGCAGCAGAAAACGUCUACAAUGUCUAUAUCUCCACUGACCCUGUAUCAUAUUGUAUGAAUGCAUGUGUCGAUUCCAAGUUCGUGAACAAAUUUUGUACCAUGUCUACUAUGAUAUAUGCGAAGCAGAUACGGCCGAUCGAUGUCACCUCCAUGACCCAAAACAUCUUGACUUUGUUUGAAUCUCGCGCAUCAAUCAAUGAAAAAAGAGGAAUCAAACAUAUAGGUUCAUUAGCAUCAAUCUCAUCAAUUAUCCUGAAACGCUCAAGCUGGUUCAGAUCUCCAAAGCCUGACUGUAAACCAGACACACCUGCGAUUGAGGAGCUUUUAAUCGAGACGAAUGGCGCAGAGGACGCUGAGUCAACUCAAGAGCAACAAGCUGAUCGGAAGCGGCCAAUUUCAAGGACUUCAAAUAAGCAGAAUAGCUCAGUGAGUGAAACUAUCAAUGUAAAGAAGAGGCGGGAUGAUGUUUCUGAUGCUCAACUCAGAUUCGAGGCUUUGAAUCCUACUGGAUGUGUAGAUUUUGUGAUCCCUAGUUUAGGAAUGAACCAAUAUCUAGAUAUGGUCACAGCUCAUGCAGCAUAUUGGUCAGAGCCUAGGUUUGCUAAAUUUGUUUUAACUCAAUUACUUGGUGAUCGAGAAUUGUUAAAGGAAGUUGGAGAUUUAGAAAGAGAUCAAGUUGAAAGAUGA